AUGCCACAUCAUGCGGUUUCCCAGCCUGGACAUCACCCUUUCGUAAAGAGCAUUAUUUUCCGAAAUGUCCAUGAAUUGCAGUGUCUCUUCCCGACCUUGUUACUUAGCACAACUCUUCCCGCACUGAGGCUCGGGACAACUUUCUGUAGCAAUGCUACUGCGAGAGCGCGCUCUUGUUUCUUCCCACACACAAUGGGCAUCUUGCACGCUCUCAUCCUUCUUGCCCUCAUUCUUGUCCUCCUUCUCCCCUUAGCUUCCGCUUCCCGUUUACUUGUUCUCUCCAAUUCUGCCAUUGCCAAUGCCGUUGUGAGCUCAAACGUUGCAGAAUGCCCAUGCUCUGUUCAUGUUCACAGAACGCGAACAUCGGCGCACGGCACCACACAAGGCUCCUUCGAUCUUCUCGCAGUUCGAAAACGUCAUUGGGACCUGCAUGCUACCAGAGUCAACACUGCAAAUCUUCCUGUAGAUACUCGGCAAUCGUUCUUCAACAUAUCUGCAGCUGGUGCCGUCACUUUCGAUGCCUUCUUUGACCAUUUUGAAGAUCUCAAAUUAGAUGAGCCAGGUCAAUUUGUGCUUCUACUUCGCGGGUCAACUUUGACCUUUUCCGAUGCUUCAUCUUAUUCCGUCCGUCUUCGCCCCACUGACCACCAGAGCGAGUCUUGUCCGGUCGCCAUUGCACAUGAUCACCCUGAACCAAGAUCGAGGUCCACCCGCGUGCUUCAACGACAGCUCGUUCCUGAACCCCGUGUCGUCGGCGGAGAUUUCGCAUCUCCGCACUUGCGUCCUUAUAUGGCUGUCAUAUAUAAUCCUACUAGACGGUUCUGCAGUGGCGCACUCUUGUCACCGCGUUGGGUGAUUACUGCUGCUCACUGUCUGGUCAGGAAGGACUUUACGGUUGGCUUGCUCACCACCCAAGCAUUUAAGGAUGGUGUCAACUUCUCAAUUUCACGCGUGAUUCACCAUUCAGAGUUUGGCGACACGGGACUUCCACGACAAAAUGAUAUCACUUUGAUCGAACUGUCUCAACCGGCUCCGACGGGCGCCAAGUUCAUAGUGGUUAACGCGGACGAAGCGAGGCCGAGGACGGGUGAGUUUGCUCGGGUAGCUGGUUAUGGAAGUAUAUCUUAUCGCAACCUACUCCGUGACCCCUCACCGCGCAGUCUUAGGCAAGUUGACGUCCCCAUCACACCGUUCGAACAAUGCUUUGAGGCAUACAAGUUAUGGGAACCCAUUUCGAAGACCAAGCAAGUCUGUGCCGGGUAUUUCGACGAUGGCGGUUGCGACGCAUGGUAG